CCAACUACUCCUACUCCUUCCUUUUUUGGAUCAAAAAAUCCAACUGCAGAUUUGAGAGUACACAACCAGAGUAAUCACUAAUCUAGUCUUAGCUCCUCCACAAAAGCACCCGCGAAAAGUAUAGUCGUAAUGCAUAUCUACGGCGCCGUCUCACCGUCUCCGCCCCGUGUUAUUCUCUCUCUGUUCUGUUGCCCGUGUCAAAUAUCAAACCAAUUACAAUUUCCUUGCAAACUAGACACUGAUUUUAGAAGAGGAAUCAGAAAGCUAAAGGGUUCUCGCGUGACGGCUGCCUUCUGGGAAUCAAUCAAAUCUGGAUUACUGAAGAAUCCCACACAAGUUAUUGAAGCACCUUCCACUGUGGAAGAGGAAGAGGAACCAUUACCUGAAGAGUUUGUUUUGAUUGAGAAGACACACCCAGAUAAAUCGAUUGAACAUAUAAUUUUUUCUUCGGGCGGAGAUGUGGACGUGCAUGAUCUUGAAGCCUUGUGUGACAAGGUGGGUUGGCCUCGGAGGCCACUGUCAAAAAUAGCAGCAGCUUUGAAAAAUAGCUACAUGGUAGCUGCAUUACAUUCUGUAAGAAAGUCGCCUGGAGAAGAAAUGAUGAACAUCUUAGUGUACUUGGAAAGUUCCUUGGCAGAGGAAAAUGACCAAAAGAAGCUUAUAGGUAUGGCUCGUGCAACUUCAGAUCACGCCUUCAAUGCAACCAUUUGGGAUGUCUUAGUGGAUCCCGACUAUCAGGGCCAAGGUCUUGGAAAGGCUCUUGUUGAAAAGCUCAUAAGAGCUCUUUUACAAAGGGACAUUGGCAAUAUUACACUCUUUGCAGAUAGUCAAGUUGUGGAAUUUUAUCGGAAUCUUGGUUUUGAACCUGACCCAGAGGGCAUUAAAGGGAUGUUUUGGUAUCCGAAGUAUUAGUUGAUGCUCCAAGGCGAGGAAAGAUUUGUUAAUUAUAACGUUGCAUCGAUUUAUCUUGCAUGAUCAGACGGAUGGUGGCGGUGGUUGAGAACUCCUGUACGUAUAUUUCAAAGUUGGGCAUGAAUUUGUAACUUUGUGUAAUGGCCUUAAAGCUACAAAUAUUGCUAUUAUACCUUGUGAUAUCUGAGUACAUAAAGCCUUUUUUCCUUUGCAGUUUAACCAUUGUUUUUAGGACAUGCCUUUGAUGUUAAGUGUAAUGUCGCCCCAUGAGUAUGAGAUUGGUUCAACAUUAGUUUUUGA